UGUGACCAGGUGUGGGUGCUCAGCAGUUCAAUCUGCACCAGCCCCAGGACAAGGUGUCAGUGCCAGCAGGGCAGACGCUCACCCUGAACUGCACCACGUCUGGAAUGGCUGGACCAGGUCCUGUGAAGUGGCUGAAGGGCUGGGGCAGUGAGAACAAGACCAUCUAUGACCAGAGAACGCACUCAUCCUUACCCCGUGCGAUGAGAGCAGUGGAUGGGUCUGACACAGACUUCACCAUCCACAUCAGGAACGUUCAGCCUGAGGACACGGGCACCUACUACUGUGUGAAGUUUACCAAGAAUUACAGGGGUGAGGAUGUGCUGUUUCAGCGUGGCAGUGGCACAGAGGUGUCCGUGCAAGGUGAGAACUUUCUGUCCAGCCUCAUCCUCCUGGGGCUUGGUAUCCUGCUGGAGAAGGCGCUCCUCGGUGGGCUCUUCUUCUUCGUCUUCAAGCGCAUGAAAAGCAAAGCACUGGAGAUGUUGCCUUAUCCUGUUCCACCCCAUUCCCUGGCACCAUGAGCCGGGUCUCAGGGCAUGGCCACUGCCAGCA